AUGGUCCAGCCAACCUCGUCCCCGAAACCCGCUCCGGCACCGCCAUCACAGCAUUCACCAGUCCCCUCCUCACAACCCCAACCACACCCGCCAACAUCCAUCUUAUCGUCCCCCCUCGCGCAGACAUACGCGCACAUUCAUCCGCUACUCCUCCUCUCCUUAUUCGCGCUGCGCUUCCGUGCACUCGUCGAUGACCCCGUAUCAGCCCUCCUGGGCUCCCUGGCGCCAUUGGCGCUGAUGCAGGGGGUCUAUGUGAUUGUUUGCUUGCCUGCCACUACUGGUGGCGGCAGUGGUGAUAGCGGGCUGGGGAAGGGGAGGAGCGGCGGCGGCGGCGGCGGCGGCGGCGGUAGUGCUGCUCCUGGUGUCAGCGGGAAGAUUGGUGCGAGGAAGAGAAUUGGGGGUGCGAAGGUCAUUCCAGCGCUGCUCUCUGUAACCCUCCCGCUCAUCCUCGGCACCCCGCUCUUCGCAAUCUGCCUCAUCCUCUUCGGCGCCCCCUUCACAACCGACCUCCCCGCCACCACCCUUUGCGCCGCGCACAUGUCUAUCCUCGCUGGCACGAGCCUGAUAUACGUCCACGGCACCGACGGCGCUGUCUGGCGGGAGAUAUGGGGGAUAUCCCGCGCCAUCGAUGCCGUGUGGGGUGCUACUGUCGGCGUGGGAUUAGGCGCGUGGUUCGGGGCGGUGCCUAUUCCGUUGGAUUGGGACCGGCCAUGGCAGACGUACCCCAUCACCAUUGUUACGGGGGCAUAUAUUGGGUAUGCUCUGGGAUAUAUGGCUGGGCGAACGCCGUUGCUGUAUGGGAAGAGGAUUCAGUUUACGGAGUCCGAAGAAGAAGAAGAAGAGGAGGAGGAGUGUGUUGUCGAUGGGAAUGGGGGGUGA